CCACGGUAGUCCAACAUGGUGGAUCAGAUUGACCAAAAAGCUGUAAAAGAACUAUUGCCUUUUCUCUCGCUUAAUGCUCGAGGAGACGUGAAAUCGUUGGCUCUUGAUUAUAUUUUGGGACUCUCUGGUUCUGAUAGUGGAAAGCACUUCCUGAACCAAAACGAAGAAUACUUGAGAUGCAUUUUGGAACUGACGAGAGACUCGAACUCCAACAUUUCCAGAGAUGCAUACUCUACGAUCGUGAAUUUGUCUGCAGAACUCGCCAUCUCGGACAAACUCCUCAAAUUCAACAUCAUUAAGCCCUUUUUGAGCUAUGCUCUUAAACAAACUAGUGAGCACGCCGACAAAGUGGCCAUGAUUUUGUCCAAUGUAACAAGAACAGAAACUGGAUGUCGUGAAGUUCUCAAGGUUACGAACACGUCUGAGGAAUGUAGUUUAUACAAAAUUGUAGAGGUGUUGUGCGUAGAGAAGUAUAAUCCCCGCGCUGAACUGAACUAUCUCGCCACUUUUCUUUCGAAUUUAACGCAAUUACAAGAAUCACGAGACUAUAUUUUGGACAGGGAUUGCUGUGUUAUUCAACGCCUUCUUCCAUUCACAACCUACAGUGCCUCACUUGUAAAAAGAAGAGGAAUUGUGGCUGUACUAAAGAAUUGCUGCUUUGAGUCAAGUGAGUUUUAACUUCAAUAACGUUUCCUUGUUAUUCUGCCCUAAAUAAAUGAAGCAUUUUUAAGAGAGAAAAGGACAACCAUUCAAAGCCAGAAAGUCUAUCAUACACCUAUCAUAAUUGAUUUUGAUUUAUCUUUUCCUCUCCUUACCAAACUUAAAUGUUUGAAGAUCAGUGCUUGACCCAUUCAUUAUCAUGAGUGACCAAGAUAGAAUUUCUCCUUACAGUGUCAAUACAAUAUCAAACAGACAGGUUAUGAAAAUAAAGAAAAAUAGAGAUUAGGGGAAUUAGUAUUUGAUCAAGUACCAAAUUCUCAAAAAUAACAUCAGACUGUAAGGAGACUUACUAAUGAGAUCUUGGGAGCAGAAAGGUAAAAGUUCUCUGUUUUCUUGGAAUCUCCAACGAUUGAUGGUAGAGAGUUGUUAAUGAUAUUGAUUGGUUCUGUGUUGAUUGUAUAUUGUUCCCAGGAAGUCAUCAGUGGUUAUUAAGUGAUGCUGUGGACAUCCUACCACACCUGCUGCUACCACUGACAGGACCAGAAGAAUUUCCUGAAGAUGAGAUGGAGAAACUACCCCCUGAUCUCCAGUACAUGGAUGAUAACAAAGAGAGAGAAAGUGAUCCAGACAUCAGGAACAUGUUAUUGGAAGCCUUACUUCAGGUCUGUCAGUGUAUGUACUAUUUUUUAUGGUUGAUAAUAAAGGUAAUGUGGUACUCAAAGCUGAAACCAAUUUUGGUGGUCAUGGUGGUUUGAAAAAAUGUUGGCACCUAAAUUUUCAGUGAUAGUCACAAAGAGGCAAGCUUAACAUUUGCAUUCUCAAAUUUGAUAUGAAGUUAAAGUGAGCUAAACAUUUAAUCAAAGUCAUAUUUGUGCUUUGUCUUUGCUUGUGCCUUUGUUUUUGCAUGUGUUUAGUCUUGCCAUGUUCCUCACGCAUGCCUUCAAGUGCAAUUGCUGGCUAGAGUAAACCAAAGUUUUUAAAUUUUUGGCAACUAGUUUCUGAUUUUUUUUCCAAAUGGUGCAUUUAAAAAACCAUGAUCUUAGAGCUUUUUAAAGGUUAAAUACUACCAUGGAAUAUUUUGAUUUCAGUAUCACAAAACAAAAAAUUUUACUUCUUAACCCUUUAACUCUCAUGAGUGACCAAGAGAAUUUCUCCUUACAAUAUUAAUACAACAUCAACCAGAUAAGUGAUGAGAAUAAAGAAAAAUAUCAAUUUGGGGAUAAUCAGUUGAUCCAGUACUAAAUUCUCUGAACUAACAUUAUAAGAAUUUUAUGGUUGACUGUAAAGAGAAAUUAGAAAUUUGAUCUGGGAGUUAAAGGGUUAAAGUUGGUCUCUUAUUUACUCCCUUUCCCAUAUCUAAAGGUAUGUUGCAAUACUCAGUGUGUUUUUAUGAGGUUUGUUUGCUUUAUUUACUUCAAAAUCACUUGAAAUCACCUUUUCAUGUAUUUUUUUUUCAGUUAUGUUCUACAAAACAUGGCAGAGAGAUGAUGAGGAAGUUUAACAUUUAUGUUAUUCUCAAGGAGUUAUUCAAUUGGGAAGUAAAUGAAGAAGUAAAGAAGUCAUGUGGAAAUGUGAUUCAAGUUUUAAUAGCAGAUGAACCAGAACCAUCCAUGCAGGACCUAAAACAGGUGCAGAUUCCAGAGGAGGUCAGGAAAAAGUUUGAUGAAGAACCACAGACAAAUAUACAGAAUUCAUAACACCUAUGAUAUCUUGAGUUGACAAAAAAAGCACAACUUUGCUGAAUGCAACUUUAGGUGGGGAUAUACUCUUGGCCUAGUGUAUGACAAAUCCCCUCUAAUGUUUUAAAAUAUCCGGCAGCCAGUGAGGUUUUAGAGAUUGAGAGUGAGCAUUGUUAUCAAUUGGUGAAAAACUCAAUAAAAUUUGAC